AUGCCCAAGCACAUAGCAAAGACGGCCGAUCUCGCCAAAAUGGCCGGCAAAAAGUCGAUGUCGAAGCAAGAAGGUCGCGAGGCGGUGGGCGAAUGCCCUGUACACUCCCAUAGAAAGCGGGGCGGCCGCGUGUCUAAACAGCUGAAUGACGCGCCGGAGAAGCCUACUAUAGACCUCAGCGCCCUAUCAAGCGGCAUUGAGGACGAUGUACAUGACGUGAUUGUGGACAGCCUGUUGACCACCACAUCGGCGCCCUCCACCACCGACGCCCCCAAGAGCUUGGCCGACGCGGCUCCGGAGUUUGAGGUACGGUUGCCCGACGACGGCAGCAAUGACGUGGAUAUCGAGCCGCGUGGCUACGUUGAGGAGGUGACUGGCGACUGGUUUGAGGCGUGGAGCGUGCAGAGUCUGCUGACCCCGCCCGAAGAGUUGAUGAGAACGCUCUCCGUGGCACCAAGCAAAAAGGGCGCUACCACCAUCAAGGCCUUGGAAUACACCAAGGAGCGCUCCGAACGCAUCAUAGACGUGCUCAAAACGCAGAUAGCCGAACGUGAUGACUCCCUUGCCAAGAUGAUAAAAUACGUGGACGUGCUGGAGGAGUGGAAGAACGAGCUGUCCCAUGGACAGAGCGUGCUCGCCGUGGAGCAAAACCAUACGCUAGAAGCCCAAAUGGCGCUUCUGCAGGAAAAGUACACCACGAAAUCGCAGGAGUGCCAGACACUCAAGAGUAAACUCCAGGCCAUGGAGCAGGAGCACAUGCUCAAGGACACCGAGCUGAAGAAGGCAAACAAGACUAUAAGCGAGCUCAGCCAAAAGGCGGAUGCACUGGCUGCUCAAAUUGAGGCGGCAAUGGCGGACCGCGGCACGUUCAGCGCCUCCCUGCAGCAGCUGAAGACAUCGUUCAAGGACCGGCAAAAUGAGAUGAAGCUGGCCUUGGACAAGGACUACCAAAGCCAGAUUGUGUACCUCCUGGACCAAAUAGAGGUGCAUAAGAAGCAGAGCGAGCGGAAGGACAAGAAAGCUGAGCAGAUGGCAGCUGUGCUGAGGAAGGCUGAGCAGGAGUGCUGCAAGCUCCGCACUACUAUAAUGCACCUGAACAAGGCACUGGAGGAUAAGAUAGAGGAGAUAAAGCGGCUGCGCGAAGCCAUGCUGGAUCUCGAGGAACGGAUAUUCAAGGACGAUCAGAAUGCCUCCUCGCGCAUCUCAGCGGCACUCGCUGCAGUCGACGGGGCGCGCAAGGAGAACGCCGAGUUAAAGGCUCGGAACCGCGAACUGCGCAAGGAGCUCGAUGCUUCCCUAGUCAAGCUCGCAAUGGUGCACGAGAAGGCUAUGGCCGCAACAGGCGGUGACUUUGUCAAGCCUGCUACAUGA